GUGUAAAAUUGGUAUCAAAAUAAUAAAAUUUUGAAAAUUGUAUUUUGUUUGUGUUAAAGGAGUUUUAUGUUGUGGAUAAAUGAUAUUUUAUCUCGACUUAUACCAAAUAUUAAAUGAAUAAGUUGUAAAUUUAGAUUGAAUGGAAAUCAAUAUCACCAAAAUUACACCAAGUUCUCUUAUUCUUAUCAUGAAUAUUUUGAACGUAAUUGUUUACUAAAAAUCGUUUGCUAUCAUUUGAAUAUCAGUAUUAAAAGAAUAGAGAAGCAUCCAGUGUUUGUCGAAUGGGUCAAUAGAAUGAACCAUGAGUUUUAAUUGAAUAUUGUGAUCACGAGACCUUUUUAAACGUUUCUUAUUUAAACACAAACAGUUUAAAAAUUCAAUCGAACACAUAACAAUUAUCGAUUUUUUUGAGUCAAAAAUUCAAAUUCAGACACGAAGAAAUGGCGAGUACAAAUUUGGUUGUACCUGUUGUACUAUGGGGGCCAUACGAACCAACCCAUUGUGUGUCCAGCGUUUUUCUAUCCAGAGAUCUUAAAACACUGGCCACUGGUUGUUACGAUGGACAAAUAUGCCUAUGGAAAGUGAAUCCAGAUACUUUAAAAAUGACACCACGAUGCUUGCUCGUUGGACACACAGCUCCAGUUUUGUGCUUGUCACGCGCAUCAAUCGUACUUGACAAUAAUUUCUUGGUCAGUUCCUCUGAAAAUGGUGAAAUGUGCACAUGGGAUUUGGUUGAUGGCAAAUGCAAAGAAAAUGUUAAAUUGCCACAAGUUCAUACAAGCAUUCAGGCCUAUCACAUGUCCAAUUGUGAUGAUAUUCGACUUUUCUGUAAUGGUUACUAUGCAGAAAUUCUUGUUAUGGAUCCAUUCAGUUUGGAAAUUAUAUUCUCGUUGAGUUCAAAAGUGAAACCAGAUUGGAUUUCUGCAUUACACGUGUUACGGCCAUCGAAACGCAAGGAUGAUGUUGUUCUUGCAAUCACUACCACGGGUACUGUAAAAGUGUGGACGUUGCUGGGAAACGAAAACAAAUAUUCGGAUCCAAUUUACGAGAAUGAAUCGAAACAAAUUCGCUGCUUGAAUGCGAUCAGUUUGAAUUGUUGUACACAAAAUCAACGAACCGUUUUAAUUGUUUGCACAAAAUAUUGGCAAAUCUAUGAUGCUGGCGAUUUUACUGUACUUUGCAGCGUCAUUUCGCCAUCGGGUGAACGAUGGUUGGGUGGCGAUUUUCUAGCACAUGAUCGUGUCAUCCUGUGGUCAGACGAGGGCAAAGGUUAUUUGUAUAGACUGCCCGCAAACUGUAUACCCGACAAUAAGGAAUUCCACUCACCAUCACAAGCCAAAGAUCAACCGGUUUUAUACUGUGUUUUACAACAUUCCGUAGAUCGUGUAAGUAAAUUGCCAUUAUCUUGUCCACCGGCAAUGAAAAUCAUAACCACUAGCCGAAAUGGAAAAUCACAACGUUUUCUGCUGAGAGGAGAUUCAGAAGGAUAUGUCACAUUAUGGAAUGUGCCCGAUAUUACAAUUGAAGAAGUCAAGCAAAUUCAGGAUAGAAACACUAUUAAAACUUUAACUCCAACGAUAUGUACGAGCCUAAGUGAUGCAUGGAGUUUAAUGAAACCGCCACCAGUCGGAAUUCUUGAUCAAUUAAACUCACCAAAUGAGCCAUCAGUUAAAUUAACAGCGAGUAUUUAUUUACCGCAACAAAGUCGCUUGGUUGUUGGUCGUCAGGAUGGUUCCAUCAUUAUCGUUCCAGCAACACAAACAGUUAUGUUGCAAUUGCUUCAUGUGAAUCAAAUAAAUUAUGCCGAUUGGCCAUCACAUCAAAUAUUGUCAGCGCAUCGAGGUCGAGUCAAUUGUUUAUUAUGUCCAUCGUUAGCUCAUCCGCGAUACGAUAAAUCGCAUUUAUUGUCGGGUGGUGUUGACUUUGCUGUAUGUCUCUGGGAUUUGUAUAGCGGAACACUAUUACACCGUUUCUGUGUUCAUGCUGGCGAAAUCACUCAGCUUUUAGUUCCACCGAAUUCGUGUAGUCCACGCGUUCAGAAAAGCAUCUGUUCAGUUGCUUCAGAUCAUUCGGUCACUUUGUUGAGUUUAACUGAACGGAAAUGCAUAUGUUUGGCCAGUCGACAUUUAUUCCCAGUGGUCAGUAUAAAAUGGCGUCCAUUGGAUGAUUUCUUAAUUGUUGGCUGUUCGGAUGGAACUGUUUAUGUAUGGCAAAUGGAAACUGGACACCUCGAUCGCGUUUUACAUGGUAUGCUUGCCGAAGAAGUGUUAUCGGCUUGUGAUGAAAACGCAACAGAUGCAUCACCACAUGGUUCAACAUCAGAAAUGGGCUUAGCUAAUCCGGCUGUUCAUUUCUUCCGUGGUCUUCGUCAUCGUAAUUUGAAUGCCAUUCGACAUGCAACACAAAGAGGCAUCAAUCAAUUACAACAACUACACGCACACAAUAAUUCCGACAAUAUUUUCUUGAUGAAAAAUCGAAGCAGCCCAUUAACGAUUCAAGGCUUACGCACGAAUCCAAAAGAUGCGGAAAGUCAUAUCCUAUUCUUUGAUAUUGAAGGCUUGAUUUUUGAGUUACACAGCGAAGAAUAUGCUGCAAUGAGCUCGACCACAUUAGAAGCACUGGGACUAAUAACAUCAACAGCUGGACCAUCUCAACAUAAUGAUGCUAGUAAAAAGAUAUCCGAUUUCUUUGGACGAGUUAAAAACAAAGCCGGCGACAUGGAAAAAAUUCUCAAAGAAAAAGACAAACAUGGAAUUUUGCAAAAAAUGAAGGAAGGCGCUGAAAAAGUUGAACUCAAAAUUCAGGCGAAAGUUGAAAGUUUGAAGACCGCCAAUGAAGGUGACAAAGAUGGUGCGGAUGUAUUCAAAAAACUAUCGCCACGAAUGGAAGCAACCCAUGUUAUGGAAGUUGCACAGCUAUUAUUAUCGUUAAUUCAUUCAUGGGGCAUCGAUUUACAUUUGGAUAAAGUUUGCGAAACACAAUUGGGUCUAUUACGGCCACAGAUUCCGGUAUCAUUUGGUGUUUUAUCGAAAGGUGGUUACAUGUCACUAUUGUUACCAACAUGGCAAAAUGAUUUGGUUGUGGAUACAACAAAAAUUCCAGAUGACAUUCAAAUAAACAAAGAGCUCACACCCGAACUUAUUCGCCAAGAAAAUUUAACACGAAUAUUUACGGCACGUUUACAUUGGGAAUUAAGCACAACGAUAACAUCAAACCAUCUAUUGGCUAUGGUGGCAAUGUCCAACACAUUAAUGUCAAUGCAAUUGGCCACAUUCAUACCGGAACACGAACGUAAUAAAAAACUGCAUCGACAUUCAAAUCGACCUGGAUCAGCUGCAUGGUCAACGGAGGAGCACGAAGAACUAUUCACACAACAACAAGCUCAAAUAAAACAGGGAUGGAGCCUUUUAUCAACACACCAUUGCUUCUUGUUACCCGAUAAAAUCGAUCAAAUUGAACCACAUAAUUUCAAACGUCCUCAAGUUGAAAUGAUGGCCAGACGUUGGCAGCAUCAUUGUAUUGAGAUACGUGAAGCGGCCCAACAAAUUUUGCUUGGUGAAUUGGGCCGGAUGGGAAAGAAAGGUCGCAAACAAUUGGUAGAAAGUUGGGCACAAUUUUUACCAUUAUACACGCACACUGAACCAAUUGUACAACAAUUACCACAGAGCGCAUCACAGCAAAGCAUCACUGGAGCACCAACAACUCAAGUUCAGGAGCCAAAUCCUGAUGACUUCGAAGAGGAAGAGGAGGAGAUUGUACGUAAGCCAUCCAGUUUGGCCGAAUUGAAACGCAAACAAACUACAGCUGUUGUUUUAUUGGGUGUCAUUGGUGCUGAAUUUGGUCAAGAUAUUUCAACUGAUACGAAUAACAGCACAAAACGUCAUUCAGAUCAACGGCGCAAGAGUUCAGUGGUUGAAGGAUUUGGCAUUGGUAAUAAUAAUUUGGCCCGUCUCACAUCGAUGGCGUUGACACAUUUGUUGCUUGCACCGCCAACCGUUAAAUUGCCAGCACAUACAGCACUUCGUCGUGCUGCAAUUGAUUUGAUUGGACGUGGUUUCACCGUAUGGGAACCAUACUUGGAUGUGAGCAAAGUAUUACUUGGAUUGCUUGAAACAUGCUGUGAUUCGAGUCGUUUGGUGCCGAGUUUAAACUAUAAAUUACCACUAACACCUCAAGCUGAUGCAUGCCGAACCGCACGGCAUGCAUUGCGUUUGAUUGCGACAGCAAGACCAGCCGCAUUCAUAACAACAAUGGCUCGUGAAGUGGCCCGUUACAAUACAUUACAACAGAAUGCCCAAACAAUAAGUGUUCCACUGACACAGUCCGUGUUGUAUCGAGCCAAAAAGGAGAUUCUACAGUGUGUUGAGAUGUUAAUUGACAAAAUGCAAACCGAAAUGGCUACUUUAUUGGUUGAAGUUAUGGACAUAACAUUACAUUGUGUCGACGCAAGCGAUCUAAAAACAAAAGGCCUCAACGAUGUUUGCCCAUCAAUUUGUAAAUUCAAUCAAAUUUCACAUUGUUCGGCUACAAGACGUAUUUCGGUUGGUGCAAGCAAUGGAAAUUUGGCAAUUUAUGAACUACGACAAAAUAAAUGUCAAAUGAUUCCGGCUCAUUCGAAUUCAAUAACAGCAUUGGCAUUCAGUCCCGAUGGUAAAUUUUUGGUGAGCUACUCAUGUGGAGAAAAUCGCCUAUCAUUCUGGCAAACUAGUACAGGUAUGUUUGGAUUGGGCCAGUCGCAAACACGCUGCAUUAAAGGCUAUUCAACAGCACCAAUACCAGAUGUAACACGUUUGAAUCCAAUGCGCUUGGCCAAAUUAAUUUGGAUCAAUAAUCGAACAGUAACGCUCAUGCUUGCCGAUGGAUCCGAAACUAGAUUUAACGUCUAAUUUCUUCUAAUAUAUAUAUCACACACACACAAAAAAAAACAGUAUCUUUGUUGAUCAUACAUAAUAUUUACGAGAAUAACCAUGAAAUGUUCAUAAGAAAUUUCAUUUGUUUGAAAGAAGAAGCAGUUUAACACAAUUUCAGUUGUUUUAUGAAACCCUAUUUAUUUAUAUUGUUGACUUCAUUAUCAUUGUCAUCAUUUUAUUUUGUCAAUGCAAAUUGUAUACUAUAAUUUUUUGUUUUUUUUUUUCUGUUUGUUUUCAAAAAGUUCUCCCAUUUGUUUGUUUUGAAUCAAUUGUGAUGACCAUUCGUUAAAAAUUAUGAUUAAUUAUUUUGUCUUUUUAAAUGAAAUAAUCCAAUAUUCAAUUGUGCAGUUAAAAAACGAAGUAAAAAAAUAUUUCAGUUCUAUUUCGAAUCGAAUUUGUUGCCAAUGGGCAACUUGCAAUCGCAACUAUUAUUAUUAUUAUUUUAAUCGACAUUUUCAAUUUAAAUAUCAAAAAAACUACAUAUUAUAUUGGAAAAAUUGCAGCCAAGCGCAUUUUUCAACUAAAAUAAAGUCUAUCAAAAACAAAUCGUUCGAUUUAUAAGAAACUGUAUAAAAUCAUUAUCAAUUUACUCGAAUAAAGCAAUAAAGUGAAUUAAAACCAAAAAAAAAGUAUCAA